AAGUUCUUUUCUUUCAAAAAGGGAGAGCAUAAAAUGUUUUGAAAAUGAUUUUUUAUUUUAUAAAUUUUUUAUAGUGUGGUAAUGUUAAUGGGUUGCUGGCUUUCGGGGCACUCUGUUGAGCGUUCCGGAUGAGAUCGGGCUUUUGAUUGAGAUUCUUUGUGGGCGUAACUUUGUUGUGUAUUUUGUCUUUGGGAAAAUUACAAUGUUGGACGUCGUUAUGUGAGAUUUGGGUGCAAGGUUUUUUGUUGAGGUUGUUUCUGAUGGUGGGUUUUGUGGGUGUGGCAUAUUUUUUGGAUCUGACAUAGAUUUACUGACAGAUGGAGGUGAAGGAUAUUUGGGUGUCUGUUUUGCUCUGGUUGAUCUUGGUGGUUCGUCCAUUAUGCUUAAUUUCAGCUAACAUGGAAGGUGAUGCUUUACACAGCCUAAGAAUCAGCUUAUCAGAUCCUAACAAUGUCCUGCAGAGUUGGGAUCCUACCCUUGUUAACCCAUGCACAUGGUUUCAUGUCACCUGCAACAAUGAUAAUAGUGUCAUAAGAGUUGAUCUUGGAAAUGCAGCUUUGUCUGGUCAACUUGUCCCACAGCUUGGCCUACUCAGGAAUCUACAGUAUUUGGAGCUUUACAGUAACAACAUAAGUGGACAGAUUCCCAGUGAGCUAGGGAAUCUUACUAGCUUGGUGAGCUUGGAUCUUUACUUGAACAGUUUUACAGGUCCCAUCCCAGACACAUUGGGCAGGCUGUCUAAGCUAAGGUUCCUCCGGCUUAACAACAACAGCCUGACGGGUCCAAUUCCUAUGUCAUUGACUAAUAUCUCAUCACUGCAAGUUCUGGAUCUGUCUAAUAACCGCCUCUCUGGGGCAGUUCCAGACAAUGGAUCCUUUUCAUUAUUCACUCCAAUCAGUUUUGCUAACAACCAAGGUCUAUGUGGUCCAGUUACUGGCCACCCUUGCCCAGGAUCUCCUCCAUUUUCACCCCCUCCUCCUUUUGUACCACCACCACCGAUUUCUGUACCAGGUGGGAAUAGUGCCACUGGGGCGAUUGCUGGAGGAGUUGCUGCAGGUGCUGCUUUACUAUUUGCUGCCCCUGCAAUUGCAUUUGCUUGGUGGCGUCGAAGGAAACCUCAAGAAUUUUUCUUUGAUGUACCUGCCGAGGAGGACCCAGAGGUCCAUCUGGGGCAGCUUAAAAGGUUUUCACUGCGAGAACUACAAGUUGCAACAGAUAGUUUUAGCAACAAAAACAUUCUGGGUAGAGGUGGAUUUGGCAAGGUUUACAAAGGACGUCUGGCAGAUGGUUCACUGGUAGCUGUAAAAAGACUGAAAGAAGAGCGUACACCUGGUGGUGAGCUGCAGUUUCAAACAGAAGUAGAGAUGAUCAGUAUGGCCGUGCAUCGAAACCUCCUCCGAUUACGAGGAUUCUGUAUGACACCAACUGAGAGGCUACUUGUUUAUCCCUAUAUGGCUAAUGGAAGUGUUGCAUCAUGUUUAAGAGAACGCCCACCAUCUCAACCACCCCUGGAUUGGCCAACACGUAAGCGGAUUGCGUUGGGGUCUGCAAGGGGUCUUUCUUAUCUGCAUGAUCAUUGUGACCCCAAGAUCAUACACCGGGAUGUGAAAGCUGCAAACAUUUUGUUGGACGAGGAGUUUGAGGCUGUUGUCGGCGACUUUGGGUUGGCUAAACUUAUGGACUACAAGGAUACCCAUGUUACAACUGCUGUACGAGGCACAAUUGGGCAUAUAGCUCCAGAGUACCUCUCUACAGGGAAGUCAUCUGAGAAGACUGAUGUUUUUGGUUAUGGGAUCAUGCUUCUGGAACUAAUCACUGGACAGAGAGCUUUUGAUCUUGCCAGGCUUGCAAAUGAUGAUGAUGUUAUGUUGCUUGAUUGGGUUAAAGGACUUCUGAAAGAGAAGAAACUUGAAAUGCUAGUUGAUCCUGAUCUCCAGAAAAAUUACAUAGAAGCAGAGGUAGAGCAACUAAUACAGGUUGCACUGCUUUGUACACAAGGCUCUCCAAUGGACCGGCCAAAGAUGUCGGAUGUGGUGAGGAUGCUUGAAGGUGAUGGCUUGGCGGAGAGAUGGGAUGAGUGGCAAAAGGUAGAGGUUCUUCGUGAAGAAGUGGAACUCGCUCCCCAUCCUAACUCUGAUUGGAUUGUUGACUCCACAGAAAAUUUACAUGCAGUCGAGUUAUCUGGUCCAAGGUGACCCUGGCGUAGAAGUAAAGAAAGAAAUCAAUAUAAAUUUUUAUUCCCUUUUUUUUUUCUUAAUGACAAUUUUCUGAUGAUGUCUCCUGUAAGUCCACUCUGCAUUGUAUUCAUUACAUUUGUGCAUAUGAGUCGGCUUUGUCAAGGUGCAAUUUGUAUCCUUCGCCGCAGUUUGACGAAGUCUAGAUGAUUUUGGCUAGAUGAAGCUGUGGCAGUUAAAUCUUCUGUGCACUGCAGGUUUAUGCACCCAACUUCAUUGUUAUUCUAAUUUGAUUAUGAUAUGGGAGGGGAAUUAAUGUUAGAAACCUUUUAUAGUGGAACUUCCCCUGUGGCCACUGAAGCAUUUACGCCCACAUUGGUGGAUGAAAUGAUUAAUUCUAAUGGAUCA